CCAUCGGAUUUCAGCACGAAGAACUCUGCUGGCAGCCAAUAGACGGCUGCCGUUCCAAUGUGACAAACUGAAAGUGGUAUUUUGGGCGCUCCUGACGAGCGACACGAAAUUUUCCAGAUUCGCUGUCAUUCCAGCCACGGCUAAUUUAGAUAACGAGGAAACUUCAGCCUUCGGGAAGAAUGACAGGAAGUAUUGAUCUCGUCACCAAUUCGUGGUGCUCACUGGUCGAGAUUCUGAUAACGAUGAUUGGUAAACUGAGUGGUAAGGUGGUCGUUCGGGAGGCGCGACCCCGCGUCGUACCAGCGUCACGGUUUCCAGGCGAGAAGCGCUGCCAGAACAGACACUAUUUGAAGCCAUACAAACUAGCAAAGCCAAUUAGCCUGGGCCGUCUGCCCGACGGCGUGACGGUGAAACACAAAACGAUGUUUUCAUCUCGUCCAUCAGUGCAAAUAUGUUGCCAGGCGGAGAUGAGGGCUCUUGGUCUUCAGCACCGCUCCACCAUUCAUUGUGGCGUCUUCGAAGGUCAGAGAUGCAUAUUCUCGGAAGUGCUCAAAAGUCGAAUCUGGACGUUCUGCUCUGCUACGACAGUCGAUCAAAUGCAGUGUUACUCCAAGAACCAUAUUGAAUGACAAAACAAGCAAGCUGCGGCCCAACCUGGCAAUGUCAACGUGACGUUGUUAGAGGUAACCUUGCCAUGUGCACGGCAGCAAAUGAAGCUCUCUUGGGACGGGCAGCAACAGUGGCGGUGAUUUCACUGUUGUCGCGAAGUACAGCAGGCGGCCCGGCAUCGUGGGACAGAAAGCGGUCCUGCCCGGUUCGACACUUGCCUCUCCACCUGUUGCUUGAAGCUCACGGUCAUAUCUGCAUCCUAAGGCAGUGGAAUGUCAUCAAUAC